AGCCUGCGCCGAAAACGGCACAUGUUGUCGGCCGCCAGUCGCCGACGUUCCGCGCAGCCAUUAGCCAGCCGACGGUCGCCGCCAGACGUUCACCGUUCGUGCUAUUUGGACGCGCGUGAUAACUCGUAUCGCCUGAUAGUCGAGAUAUUUCCAACGGUAAAUCUGUUUUUCUCCGCGCGCCGCCGUCAUAAAUAAUCACACACCGGUACGCGGUGUCGGAGCGUUGGCGACAUAGAGAUACUCGUUUUCGACCGAGACGCACGGCCUUCGGCCGAAACGGAAUCGGGUAGGAAAAAAAAAAAAUAAUAAUAAACGGACGACAUUGACAGUGUAUAACGCAACGAUAAUUGUAUACGUACGGGCCCCCGCGUGUCGUCGUUGUCGCACUUGUGGACGUACCGCUCGCGCAAUAAAAAUAUAUAAUAAUAAAUAUUAGUCCGGCACGCCGUUGUUGUAUUCGAUAUCCGAGCGAGCGUCGUACGCGUAUCCUACGGACGGACGGCACGAAUACGCGGUAAAUAGCGACGGCGCGGACGCCGCUACAACCAUUGCGGCGACACGAUAUUGUAAUUAGACACCUGACCGGUUAUAGUAUUUACCGUUACGGUAUUAUCACCGUCGGACGGCCGAUCGAGAAUGCCGCAGCUAAUACUGUCCGGCAACGGACAUAUCCUCUCCUCCGGCGACUAUCCCGUCGGCACGGACGUCGAAUACCCCGACGUGCUGGCCGACCUGGACUUGGAGUCGACGCCGGACGACGUGCUGGAGUACGCCCGGGUCCGACUCGGCGAGACCGAGGAGUCCCGGACCAAACUGUUGGCCGAACUCGAGGACAUGAUAUACGGUGAGCGUGUAUUGUUAUUAUUUCCCGUGUCGUAUUAUGGCAUAUUAAUACACAAUCAUCGUACGGUGUACGAGUGCAGGUGCCUCCUAAUCGUUUUAGAUCCUGAGCCGCGCAGCCGGGAACGUAUACCAGCUAUAUUGCAGGUUUUACUGUGACGUGUGCGGUUUUUAAUUUUUUUUUUUUUUUUUUUUUCGUGUUAUGUAAACAACUUUUCCAUCAGAAAUAUCACUCCAAUUUUCAAAUGUAGUGUCUUUCCUGAAAUAAAGUGUCGUCUAAUUAGUAGGUACAUCGGCGGGUUUUCCAUGCAGUUUUCUUAAUAAUUAGAAAAUUGCCGGGAUAGUUUACGGCAAUAACGAUUUCAUUAAAUAUUUCCUGUUUUUUUUUUCUUUUCUAUUUUAAUUCGGUUAAAAACAAUCGUAGAUAGAGAUCUAAAGUUUCCAAAGAAUAAUUUUGUUAAAAACUUAUCUCUCCCGUCGGAACUCGUUAUAUUUUUUGGAAAACGCUAUACCAAUAUAUAGUUAUAGCUGUUUUCAAUUAUUACAGUAUUUGAUUGAUUUAUUUGACUUGAAAUUAUCAUUUUAAAUAGUUAGAUUAUAAUAAUAAUAUAACGUAUCUAAUUAUACAUACUUCAGUACACUUAUACCCGAUCCAAAUCGCUGAUAUUUAGUUUUAAAACAAAAUGUCUAUACGCAUGCUAUUUUAAUUGGGUAUCUUAUUACGUGGUGUUUUUUUAAACAUUAUUAUUAUUUUUGUUUUGUUUUUAGUUUUACAUUGAAUAUUGUUUACUCAGUAGGAACUCAUACGUACGGUUCAGUUUAUUAAAAUACUUGGACAAACAUCAUAUUAUUAUUAAAAUAUACGAAUUCGUUUUAACUUGCAAAAUUCUAGUUAAUACUGUAAAAACUGUAUGACAAUUGAUUGAGUAGUCCCAGAGAUCAUUAUCAACAAUGGUUCUCAUUUGUGUAGAUAAAUAUUUAUACAAAUUAAUAACUUGAUUGUUUAUUAACUUGAAGAAUCUACUCUGCAAUGUACUCUUUCUUUUAGAAAAAUCGCAUAACGAUUGGAUAAAGGGUCCCAGAGAUCGUUAGCUAAAAUGAUUCUCAUUUUCACAUUUUUGUGUAGGUAAAACAUAUAAUAUAAUUAAUAUAUUUUAGUUUGAUAUUUUAUGAGCAUGAAAUUUCUUUAUGACAAUAAUUAUAUUAAUUUUCAUCAAACAAUGGAUAUCGUUAUAAACAGUAGUAUUGUAUGUACACAAAAGUUUUAUUAUCAAAUUCAAAUCUUAUUAGCUACUUUAAAAAUUUCCUAUAAAGAAUUAUUUUCGUUUUUAUCAUGAAAAAUUGGAAAACUGUGGGGGUAGAAGGUAUAGUCGCAUAAAUCUAUGAGCUUUGUCACUAAUAGAUGGUGUUGGUAGAUACUGAAAUAUUAAAUGGCGUCAUUUGAAAUUUAAAUUAAGUUCGCCACUGUAUAUAUUAUAUAUCUAUUACCUAUCAUCAAAUAAAAACCGUAGAUCUAAUAUCCGUCAAGUAAAAAUCAUUACAAGUAAAAUCGGUAAUUAUUUAGCAAAAAGCCACAUUAUUUCAGUUCUAAUUUUAUGUAAAUUCAAACGGUUACGUUUCGGUGACUCAAUAGCCGUUUCGGGUUACUUGUCCAUAACGACGUGUAUUAAAACACGAAUAAUAUAUCUAUAGUGUCCAUAGUUUAUAAUAAAACUCAACGAUCACUUCACUUGUAUUUAUGUAUAAUAACCGGUUUUUUUAAAAUUUAUAUUUGGCAAAUAUUAAUGUUCUUGAUCUCCAAAGCUAACAAAUUCUUGUUUUUUGAUAAAUUCGCAUCGCGUUCAAAUUAAUAUUCACAAUAUUCACUCUUUUUAGAUAGUGGGUUACAUCGAAACUUGCAUCAAAAGUAUAUUAUUAUAGCCUUGGUUAAUAAUAUCUAUAUUAUUAUAUUAAUGGUAGUUAUAUUUGAAGUUCAACGAGAAAGGGAAGGUGAAAUUAGUUACAAUUUCAAAAUCCCCCACAUAAACAAACGUCCAAAAAGUAUUUCUAUGCUUAGAUUCUAAACACAGCGAGGAAUCUGUUGGUGUUACUAUAUGUUUUUUUUUUAUUCUGUAAACAGCUAUCAUAAAUCUUUCCCCGAUUUUUAAAUAGUUAUAGUAUCUUUUCUGAAAGCAAAUUGUGAACAGUUAGUAUAUUGGUAAUUUUUUUGAUUUUCCUUUUAAAUUUCAUAAUAAUUGGGAAAACCCAAAAAAUACGGAAAAUAUAGUUUUUUUAAAUUACGGCGCAAUAAUUUCAUUAUUUAAAAAGUUUUAUUUUUCUAUCAGAAAUCUUUGUACAAUUUUUAAGAAUAUUUUCUGAAAGAAAAUUUUUUCUUAUUUGUGAGUAAGAAAGUCGUUGUUUGAUUUUCUGUAUAGUUUUCCUAAUAAUUACCGAAAAUCGAAAAAACCUAGGCAAUAUGACAAAUAUUUUCAGGCCAUUUAUUUAUUUGGUAUUUUCGUGUUUUCAUGUAAUUAUAUGACUUAAGAAAAAUGAUUACAAAUUUAACACAAGGUACAUUAGAAGUUGUACUUAGUGGUCUAAAAAACAAGUUUGACUUUAAUACAUUAGGUUUUUUUCUAUAAGCGAUAUAAGAUCAAAUUUUAACGAAAACUUUUUUGAAUUUCCAAGUAGUUUUCAUAAUAGUUUGAAACAACUGGGAAAUCAUAGAAAAAAUUGGAAAAUGUACGUACCUACAUGUAUAAAAUAAACUUCGCUUCGAAUUGUUUUUCGUUAGCUAUAGUUUAUCGUUGCGUAUUGUUAUAAAUAAAAUGUUCUUCUAUAUCCUACAUUCUCAACUUAUCACCUACUAGUAGCACAGUACAUCAUGCGAACUAUAUCCGUCUUUUUUUUUUAUACUUCAGAAAUAAUAAAAAUAAAAUUAAUCAAUAACAUAUUUAAUCUAUAUCACAUACAGCAAUAUUACAUAUGACAAUUUUUGUAAUAUAAUUAAUAGUUAAAAAAAAUUGUAAAAAGCUACGAGAUGGAAUUUUAUCCGCCUUUCGCCUAUCUUCCAUAAAACCUUCACUGAAUUACGAGUAUUACGAUGUCUAUAGUUUGUCACGGAUGUUACAGUAAAAAUUUCGUUUAUUUUUACGGACGUUAAAUAAUGAUUUUACAGACAAUAAAGUUUUUAUCGUCUGAACAUGUAUUCAAAAAAAAAAAUACAUAUAUUUAUUAGUACCUAUUUAUCAGCUACCUAUAUUCUGAUUGUUUUGAUACAUUUUAUUUUAAUCAUCGGAACUCAAAAUAAUUUUUCAAUAGACAAAAACAUUUUACGCAUAUUAAAAAUCUAAAAUACACAAUAAAUAGUUAAACAUUUAUGUCUGUGGUAUAUAAAUAGAACGAAAAUUAUACCUACGCACAUGCAUAAUUCAUGAUAAUGAUUAACUUUUAUCAACUUUUAUAUAACUUAUUAAUAUUUUUCUUCGUAAACAAAUUGAAGAAUAAUGUUAAUUUUCAGAUUAAUUAUUUGUAUAAUAUAUUUCAUGUCGUAUAGUCAUGCGGUUUUGAUUUGCAUAUCCACACCUUAUUUAAAAUUGAUGUAAAACUUAUUUGUAUUUUUUUGUUCGUGUUAUUUCUAGAGAAAGGCGAUAUCAUACCACACAGAAUGGAUGAAAAGUUUUUACUGAGGUUUUUAAGAGCUCGACAUUUCAAACUUCUUCCAACGUAUCAACUAGUAAGUGGUUUUAUUUAGAAAACUAAUCAAUAACUUCAAAAAUAACUUCUUACAAACUAUUAUUGUCAAGUGACAGAAUAGAUGUUACGUAACUAUAAAAUCAAUUAAAUUAUCCUGCAUCACGUACACAUCUUAACUGCAUGCUUGGAUAGUAAAUGUAAUAUAAAAACCACACACCACAUUUCGAAGUAUAGAAAUACAUACAAAAAUUCACCUAUUCGCUUAUUUUUGAAUUAUUAAAAAGGUAAAACACGCAAACAAAAUACUAACCUAAUGCUCCGUAUUGAUUUUAAAUGCAUUAACGGUGUGUUUUUAAUAAUUUGAAUGCAAUGUGUAUAUAUAAUAUAUUAUAAAUAUACAUAAAAUAAGGGAUGUUCUUGCAAUGGAAAUAAUGAAAAAAAACACAAUUUUAAUUUCGAAUAAAAUUAUUAUCAGCAGAAGUGUCAUUCUAAUCUCGUCUCUAUAAAGUUUUAAAAUCCUUAUAUUCACAAUUCAUCUGACUUAUUUUAUUAUAUAUAGUUUUAACAUGUGUUUAUUAAAUACAAAUUCGUACUAACUAAAGAGUUUUGAUAUAAAACACGAAUCAAAUUAUAUUAAUUUCAAAUGAAAAUGCUAUAUUACAUAAAUUUAAAACAGUAAAUCAAUUGCGUAAAUUGUAAAAAUAAUAUCUUAAUAAAAAUAUAAAAUAAUUUUACCUUUACAAGAAAUUAAUAUAAAAAAAAAUGUUUGAAAAAAAUAAUGUAAUUCUUCAAUCGAAUCUGAAUAGGUACCUGUAUAAAAAAGAAUAAAUAUCUCAACAUCGUAUCAAAUUAAUUCGGAUUAAUAUUGUAAAUUAUUAUUAGGGGGUCUGAUGACCUAAUUUUUUUGCUAAAAAUCAUACUUCACCGGAAAAACUUUCGUUCUUAGAGUAGUCCGGUUUCGUUCAUUUUUGUUUCAUUGGAAAGAAAGAAACGUCUUUUAUGAUUUGUUGAACUUAGAUUUUAAAAAUUAUGCUUUUAAACUAUAUAAUUAUAACUUUUUUUAGUACUUCUUAAUUUCAUAAUCAAAAAUUGAAGCCCGAUGCACAAUUAGAAAAUCGUCUUCUAUUCAACAGAAAAAACGAGACGUUCGAGUUUUUCAUGUAGCAUAAGUUUUCAACAAAGAAAUAGAUCGUGCGCAGAUACCUUAAUAUAUUCAUCGAAACGGAUUAAAUAAUUUGGUAUGAUUUUUGAAGGCUUGUUAAUAAUUUUAAAUACUCACAAUUUAUGAAGUCAAUUAUUAGGACUCUUAAGGGAAUUAGAUAUUCCUAUUUUCUUCCUUUGUCUAACACACACACAGAAUAGCAGUUUAGACAUUUUUUUUUCAUUAUUAAUUCGUAAUUUUUUAUAUAUUUUUUAAUAUAAUUUUUGGAAAUAAGAAACUGAAAUUAAACUAGAAAAAUUUAAUCGGACAAUAGUAUGUAAAUUUCAUACAGAAUUCAAAAUUGUUUUUAAAGUCCGUGUCUAGCUAUCCCACACAGCUCUACCAGUGUCAGUAUUAAACGACAAACAAUGUAAAAAAAAACCAUGUUUUCUUGCGAUUUCCCAUUUCUAUACCCGUGAUUAUCACUGCGGUUAACCUUUAUUGCCCGUAUACUGUAUUAUUAACAGUCCACUGAUUUCUGAGAUUUCUCGUUACUAAGAACAAUGUUACAUUUUAAAUAGAAUAGCUUACAUCUAAUCAUAAUGAUUUUAUUGUCCAUAAUCAACCGCAACCCUACAUAAAAAAAAAAAAAUAUUCGUGAGCCAAAAUUAAAUAUAUGUGUGAGUCACUCUAUAGUAUUGGGUUGAAAAAAACAGACCAUCCUCCAGUUUCGAGGAAUAUAAUAUUGUGUACAAAAUUUGGUGUCAUUUGGGUCCGUAGUUUUUGAAUGUAUGGAUCACGAACGAACGAACAUUCAUUUUUAUUUUGUAAAUUAUGUACCGUAUAGGGAUUUUGUUUUGUAAAAAUAUAUUGAAAUAAUAAUUACCCACCCAACAGUUUUCUUAAGAGGAGGCCGCACUGACAUCUACUGUCUCUGUCUUACAAACGCGAGACCUAGCAAAUUUACAUUCAGUAGGACACAUUUUGUGCCGUUAGUUUUAUUAUUAAAGCAAAUUAAUUUAUUAUCAAACUUAAAGGUUAGAAGAUUAUACGUGCCCUAGCGUUGAUGGUAUUUCAAUAUUUUAAUUUAUAAGGAAGAUAUAAUCAUUUUUAAAAUGUGAUAUUUAACAUAGGUACUCAUAUCUCAUUGGAAAAUAAAAAUAUCAAUAGUAAUCUUCUUAUCUUUAAGUUUUGUAACAAGUUAAUUUGCAUUAAUAUUAAAACAAAUGGCACAAAAUGUAUCCUACUGAACAUAAGACGGAGACAGUAGAUGUCGGUGUGGCGUCCUCUUAAAUAAUGAAAAAAAAAUAUCCAGGACGGUAAACAUCAUCCCGUUAAGAAUUUAUUAAUCAAAAAGUCCGCGCUAUAUUUUAUUAUAGCAUUACGUCGUGGGCGCGUUGUAAGAAUUUAUUUAAGUAAUCUGCGUUUGUGUUUUUUAUUAAUAACGUCGACAACAAACGAUAGUUUUUCAUCAAGUCAGUCGACGAGUCUUUGAUUUGGUAUACGUGUAGAAAUUUUUCCGUUUGUAAUGAACUCGAAAAGAAAAUAAUGUUAAUAAUUGAAUUGUUUUAGUGUUUUAAAGAUUGAAAUAUUUGAAGGUAUUUCGUUUACUCGAUAUUUUCGUUUUAUUAUUUCAUCGACGAAUUCGUACCAUAUAAUUUAUAUAUAGUAUAUAUCCGAGAAAAAUAUAUUUUUUCCGACCGUAUUGUUACGUGGAUAGUUAUUAUUUUUUAGUUUUUUUGAGAAAGAGAGAGAGUAUAAAUAUGUCACUAAUAACAGAACAAAUUCAGUUUUGCUACACUUGUGCCACACACAGUACAUCACUCGUAAUACCGAAAUGAUCGAAUCGGCAGCAUGUGCGUUAUUAUUGACUUAUUGCCAUCAGAGUGCGCAACUUUUAUGAAGGAUGUGCCUCGGUUAUUUAUUAUAUUAUUACUACCUUCCUAUCAAAUAGGGUAAAAAUUCGUUUCGUUCCAACACUUCCGUCUAGUAUAUUACGUACUCUUAUAUACUCUUACUCUAUAUAAGUACACUGGUCACGAUUUAGAUUUACGAAAUCUUUUGUUGAACGAGACGACCGUUAAUUUAAUAGCGGAGAAACUAUAUUAAAUUUUAACUAUAGUUUUACUAAGAUGUGUUAUUCUCUCUUGGAAAACACAUUUUCGAUUAAAAAAAAUAUAUCGAUUUGUAUACCAUACCUACUUUAUUUGAAAAGAUGCGGAUGUUUGCCCGAUGGUACUUUAUUUGAAAUAAAUAUCUAGGUUACUAAUAGUUUUUUUAAAAACACCGGCAACAAAUGACCGAUACAUAUUGGUUGUAUUUUUCUUUAGUUUCCAGGUUACCUGUGUCACAAGGGAAAACCAUGGCUAUUACUUACAGAAAUAUCAAUUCACCGAGCUCCACUCAGAAUCGUUUUUUUUUUUUUUUUUUUAUUGUAAAAAUGUAUCGUUAUUAAUAGUUUACAGACUUAAUUUCCCUAUAUGCUAACUACGGAAAAUCAUGGCGAAGUAUCUUAUGUCUGACUUUUAGAUUCGGAGCGUAGCUAGGGAUCUAUUAAUUUUACGAUGAUGUGUUUUAUUAUUAUUUAUUAUUUUGUUCUGUGAACCACUUUUCUAUCAGAAAUCUUGAUCUGAUGUAACAGAGCAUAAGUGUAGCACCUUUUUGAAAAAAAAUUGUAUCUAGUUGGUGCAUUAGUCAAGUUGGUUUUUGAUUUUUAGAGUUGUUUUUUGGGUUUAAAAAUACGGUACGUCGUAGUAUUACCGAUUUCAUUGUUUUUAAUUUUUUCAAAGUAUUUUUUCUACCAGAAAUAUUGUUCCAAUAUAGAAACGACAAAAAAACUUUUGUGUUACAUUUUUAAUCUGGACGCUCAUCAAGAAAGUCGAUUUUUAUGUUCCGAGUAGUUUUUUUAAUAAUUGAGUAAAAUCGAAAAUCCGUAGAAAAAACGGGGAGAUUUACAAAAAUAAUGUUUUGAAUAUUUUAAAUUUAAUUCAGUUGAACAUAUUUGUAAAGGCUUGAAAUUUUAACAGAGAAUUUAUAUUUGAUUUUCCUGGACAUAGUAAAAUUUUCAAAACAUUUGAGCCAUUUUUGAGCUAUUUAUACAAAUUUUAAUUUUGAAAGCCUUAAAUUCUGAGUGGAACGAAAAAGCUAAUGGUUUUACAAAGAUGUUUAUUUUAUUUUUUUUUUAUUUAUUAGCAAUUUUUCUACCAGAAGACUUGCCUGGAUAUCUAAGUGUAGCACCUUUUAGGAAAGGAAAUCUGUGUAAGGAGGUACUUUAAGGAAGCCAUUUUUCGAUUUUCUCAAGAGUUUUCUCAUAAAAUUUGAAAAACCAAAAAAAAAAAAAAUGAAAAUGUACGAAAUAUAUUACUAAAAUAUUACAAGUUUUUUUCCUUUGUAGAACUUUUCAACCAGAAAUUUUGCUCCAACUUUUAAUGAAAGCAAUGUUCUUUAAAGGAAAUUUUCCUAGAGAGGUAAUUUUUUGAUUUUCCCAAGAAUUUUCCCAGAAAAUGUGAAAGACCGGAAUAAAACAUGGGAAAAUCGGUACAUUAAAAAUAUAUUGUUAAAGAUAUUUAAUUAAUUAAUUAUUUUAACAUAAAAUAACAUAUAUAUAUAUUGUUGACAAAGCAUCAUUAUCAACUAAACUCCGCUCAGAAUCGUUUUUUCGUUAGCAAUGGUUAAUCGUUGCUAACAGGUAUAGAUUAAAUUACCUAUAACAAUAGCUGUACCCGUCCCCAUUAUCCUAGGAAGUCCUUUUUACGCUAUUUUUAUUUAGUAAGUAUUCUGUUAUUAAAAUUAUAUGACCUAAGUGAAAUUAUUGAAAUUUUAAUAAAAGGUACAUUGUAAGUUGUACUUGUAAUUUGUCUGAAAAAUAAAUUUGAGUGCAAUGUAGCAUUUUUUAAUUCUUUUUACAAGUUUUUAAAAUAAAAUUUUGACGAAAAUCGUAAAUAUUAUAGUUUUUUUAAACAUUUGUAACCGAACUUCGCUCAGAAUCGUUUUUAGUUAGCAAUGGUUUAUCGUUGUUUACGGAUAUAAAUUAAUAACUUUAUGUAUCUUACAUUCCCGUCUUCUCAACUAAAACAAUGGCACAUCCGUCCCUAAUAUCAGCUUUUUUUUUUUUACUAUGUACCUAGAACAACACUCUUAUAUUACGUAUUGGUUAUUGAAACAAAUUGGUCACACUCACUAGAAUAUAAAUAAUAGGUACAUAAUAAUGUAUAGUAAAAAAAAUUACGUAACGUUCUUUUCUAUAUUUUUCUAACUGCUCGUAUAUUGCGUUAAGUUUUAAAAAUGAUUUUUGUUUUUAUUUCAAAAUCAUGCACUCAACAUGUAUAUAGGAAUUUAAACUGUACUUAUACGUGUUUUCUUACGGACAAGUUUUGUUUUGUUUUUUAUUAUUAUUUUUUUUUAUACUUUUAUUUUAAUACAAUUUAUUGAGAAAAAUCGUUGUAACCCAAGACAAUAUAAUAAACUGCACGGUAAUUUAUAUAUAUAUAUAUAUAUAUAUAAAAGAACCGGUAAUAGCAUUAGGUACGCGCGAACCACGAUUUCACCAUAAUAUUCGACAUGUCGAAUUUAUUUUGAUCACUUUUCUAUGAUAUUAAAUUGAAUUCUUUACGGUCAGCAAAUAACAUAGCAUGUAUAGGUACCAAUAUGAUAUAAUAUUCGAUAAUAACGGUGAAAUUUAUGUGACAUAGUGUGAAUAUAACUAUUCAAUAUAAUAAUAUAUUUUAUAUAUAUAAAUAAUAAACGUUAUGUCAAUUCACGGUCGUUUAAGUUCGUAUUAUUCGUAUAUUUCUGUAAGUAAUACAGGUAUUAUGGGUCAUGAACGACAUGAACAGACUCGGGGUUUUCGAAUAAUAUUAAAAAUAUAAUAUUGAAGUCAAAUUAGGCACCCUUUUUAGACGUAUAUCAAUGCGACGGACAGAAAAUAAUAACAUCGAUAAACAAAAAUAAUUUUUAAAAAAACACGAUAUAGGAAAAUAAUUUUAUUUACCCGCGAUGAAUACAUGCAAUAUUACAAUAUUAUACGCGUUUAUCAAAGCUCGAUUUCAAGGAAAACCACAACGCAAUACUAAUGAGAGAAUCUGCGGAACACAAACGGGUCGACGGUAAUUGAUACAAUUUUCGUUUGGUUCUUUAUAAGAAGGAAAAAAACAAAACUAAAACAAUGAUUUGUAUUAUUGUUACGAUGACGCACUAAUCCUACGCCUGUUAUUAUUAUUCCAGUUACGUAUUUAUGCGUUGUUUUAUUUUUUUUUCUAUAUAUAUUAUGUAGAUAAACGUGUACCGAAAUACAUCAAUUAACAAUUUAAACUGCGUACUCUACAAUUAUUCUAUGUAGGUUUUGAUUACAAUGAUAAUUAUAAUUAUACCUAUGAAAUCGUAUAUUAUGAAAAAGUGUUUUCGCCGUGCCACCAAAACAAUAACAAUUGCUGCAUUUAUAAAGACGUUCAAUUUAUAUGAACUUUCGUUCGAUGCAUUUGCACCUUUACACACACACGUUCAAUGUAUGCGUUAUACAUAUUUUAUAAAUGCAUUUACACAAUAUCGUAAUAUUGUGCUCCGUAUCUAUACCGAUAAAAUAUAUACUAUUACAUAUUAUUACAGUCUAAUCGCCGUGAUACCCGUGUAUUUGUAUUGUGUGACCUGUUUGGAAAACAGCCAUAUAAUACAAAAAUAAAUAAAUAACAAGGAUAAAACAUAAUUAUUAGGUAGGUAUAUACUGAAUUCAUAAUGAUGGGUGGCAUUAAAUUUCACGACUGCUUUUACUUGCAGUGUAGAUACCUAUAUAAGAUAUUAUUAAUUUUUUGUAAACUUCAUUCGAUUCGAUUUGUUUUUACACAAAUCAUAAUAUAUUCACUACCUGAAUAUAAUAUAAUAUAAUGCAUACAGGGUGAUUCUUUCAUCAUGAUCCGUUACCAUUGUUAUAUUAUGAUGGAGUAGAAAAGUACAAUUAAUACAUUUAUCGAAUUUAAGGUGUUUAGAGAAUAGUGAUGACAAUUUUAAAAUAGUGUUAAAGUAAAGUUUGAACAAUGAUUGGAAAGAAAAAAAAAGGAAAUCAAAUUAUUUUUAUUUGAAAUCUUUCGAAAAAAUCGCUAGAUUGCGGUACAAGAAUCACCCUCUACGUCUGCGCAAUGUGCCAAAAUCGAAUAGGUACAAAACUUCUUUGUGACGACGAUAUUUUUAUAUGGUGAAAAUAUCACGCGGUCGGCAUAUCGGUCCGCGAAGGUAUAUUAUGUUUGUUCAUAAAAAUCACUUAAAAGUUAGAACUACAUAACGCGCGACCAAUGAAAACGACGAAUAUUAUUAUACUACACGAUACCGUUAUAAUACAAACAUAAUGAAAUAUAGUGCUUUCAAAUCUCCGUUGGUUAACCUCUCUAUAAUAACGUUGCAAGCGCAAUACACGCCACAUCGAACAUGGUGGUGCUUAUAGAAUAGAGAGAUUUUUUUUUCGAUUUGCCUACAAUACGAGGACCAACACACGUGUGUAACGUUGAUAAAUAUUUUUGAUUUUAAAUAGGAAAAAAAAUUGCGUUUCCGGUUUUCGCCACACUGUAAAGACGAAAAACAAAUGAAUUUGGGACAACGGAAAUUAUUUCGCAUAUUUAUUAAAAUGUAAUCUUCGGAAUAAUAUUUUAUUACAAUAACCUAUAUAAUGUAGAAAACCCGGUGAAAAUUAAUUUUCGAAAUUGUUAGCAUUUUAUAAAUAGACGAAGUAAGAAUCCGUGAUUAAUAAAAUACACCAGUAAAAUCCAAGAGGCAAAAGCCUACUAGGGAGACUAAAACUUCGUCGGGAAGAUAGUAAAAACAGGACUUUCUAGUAUUUUAGAAGAGGAAAGUUGACAUUUGAACUGGACGGGGGUAGCUGUGAUUCUGUGAACAAUGAAAUCAGGAAUAUUGACUUUGUUCGGCAGGAUGUUUUCAAAGACUUUAAAAAAAAUUUUUAAAACGCGUGCCGUAUGUGGAUAUUUUAAUAGAGUUUAUUGAGCUUUAGACAGUAUAAAUAAUUAUAUUUUAUGGAUUUAUUUAAAUUGACUAAAACCAUAUGACGGUGGCAUUAAAAUACAAGGCAACAGCAGCACUAAUACUAUAUUGAUAUAAUUUAAGCAUUAUUUUAGAUUCUCAGAGGAACGAAGAAGCUUAUAGUUUUAUAAAGAUGUUUAUUUUUUUUUUUAAUCUGUGCACAACUUUUCUACUAGAAGACUUGCUUCAAUUUCUACGUGUAGCAUCUUUUCUGAAAGGAAAUCGAAAUGGAGAGAUACUUUACGAAGGUUAUUUUUCGAUAGUUUUCUCAUCAAAUGCGAAAAACCGGGAAAUUUACGUAAGAUAAUAAAUAUAAUAUUACGAUUUUUUUUUUUUUGUGCACAACUUUUCUACCAGCAAUUUUACUUCAAAUUUUAAUGAUAACAAUGUUAUUAAAAGGAAAUUUCACUAGCGAGGUACUUUUAAGUUGUCAUUUUUUUUAUUUCCCAAAGAUUUUUCCCAGAAAAUGUGAAAAACCGGGAUAAAACAUGGGAAAACUGAGAAAAUAGGUACAACAUUAAACAAAUUUUAUUAAAAAAAAUAUAUAAAAUCUAUUUAAUUAUUUUACAACAAAAUAACAUAUAUUUUUGACAAAGCAUCACUAUUAACUGAACUCCGCUCAAAUAAGCAAUGGUUUAACGUUGUUAACAGAUGUACAUAAAUUUCUAUCUAUAUCCUACCUCUCCCUAACUUUCCACCUACACCAGUGGCUGCACCCGUCCUCAUUAUCUUACUUUUCUUUUUUACUCGUAAUGUUAUUAUUAUUAUUAUAUGCCUGAAAAAAUUUAAACUGCUUAUACUGCAUGCAUAGUAUAGAGGCCGUGACCCGGUAUAGAGUUCAACGCUACCAGAUUACAGUAUAGUAGAUGAGCGUGCGAUAAUAUUAUAUGUUAUUAUUUUUGUAUAAGUAUUACGCUUGCGCAGUGUUUAUAACGUACUCGGAGCCGACGGUGAAACAUAUAGAAGAUGAUAAAAAAAGAAUGUCCGAAUUAGACGAUUUGUAAUUAGUAGAUCGCUGAUUACAUUACAUUUAUUCGAGUACACUGGUAUAUAUAAAUAAAUAUGAAAUAUAAUAAUGGUAUAUUUGUUCGUACCUUCCUGCAAUGUGAUGAGUCGGUGAAGAAUUAUUCGCUUGACCAUGACGCACACCUGGAGUUACCAAGUGCGUUUAUUUCGUAUUCAGUGACGCAAAGAGGAUUUUUUGAAGAGAGGUGUCACAUGUCUAUAUUUAAUAACAAAAAAAAAAGGUAAGAUAAUGGGAACGGGUGCAGCCACAGGUGUAAGUGUAAAGUUAGGAAGGUAGGAUUUAGACGGGAAUUAAAUGUAUAUUUGUAAGGAACGAUAAACUAUUGCUUACGAAAAAACGAUUCUAAGCGAAGUUCAGUUGAUAGUGAUGCUUUGUCAAAAUGUAUAUAUCAUUUUAUAGUAAAAAAAUUAAAUAGGCUUUAUAUAUUAUAAUAAAAGAUGUUUAAUGUUGUAACGUUUUUUCCGGUUUUCCUUUGUUUUAUUUAUGUUUUUUCCAUUUACUGGGAAAACUCUUGGGAAAAUCAAAAAAUGACCUCUUUAAAAUACCCCACUAGUAGAAUUUCCUUUUAGAAACAUUGUUAUCAUUAAAAGUUGCAGCAAAAUUACUGAUAGAAAAGUUGUGCACAAAAAAUUAUAAUAUUAUAUUUAUUAUAUUUCGUAAAUUUUCACUUUCUUUCGGUUUUUAUGUAUUUGAUAAGAAAACUCAUCGAAAAAUGACUUCCAUAAAAUACCUCAUUCCGAUUUCUUUUCAGAAAAGGUACUACAUGUAGAAAUCCGAGCAAGUUUUCUGGUAGAAAAGUUGCACACAGAUAAAAAAAAAUAAUUGUAAAACUGUAAGCUUCUUCUUUCCACUCAGAAUCUAAAAACACAUUUGUAAUGUACUUCAAUGAAUUUAUAUUACUUAAACAUGGAUCGAAACAGAUUGGAUGUCUAGACACCCAAAACAUCCCCCUGGUUUCGCCACCGCUCGUACUUGCGUAUAAUAUUUUUGUUUGUAUUUCAAUAAGUGUAAAGACAGAGUUGGGCAAUAUAAAAUGUUCAUUUGUUUGUUAUAUCUUUUUUUUAGUUUAUGUAAUGUAUAUUUUAUAUUGUACAACCCUGUAUAUAGGUACCUAUUUUUUCACGGUAUUCCGGUAUUAUCAUUUUGAAGCUUGUGUACACCAAGGAUAAUACAUUAUAUUAUCUAUGGUGUGCACUCGUUUACCUCGGACGUCAUUAAAUAUUAAUAAAAUUUACGGUACAGGCAUAACGGUAUAUCGUCAUUCCGGUUUUUAUGCAGUUGUUUCCCCAAAACAGCCAAGGUAUCAGCGUGCACAAAGGAAAGGAGGAUGAGGUUUAUCCUCAAUAUUCUCAUAUUAGAAGGAGGAUAUCCCCCAUUUGUCGUGCUUUUUAUUACACGUUAUAAAGGAAUUUAACUUAACAUACAAAUAUAAUUUUGGUUAUAUUCCCUCUCCUUCCAUUGAGAAAUCCUAGUUACAAUGCAAAUUAGAUUAUUUUUUUCUAACGUUAUUGUCACAUAGGUAUUACUAAAAUAAUACCACGAUGCUCGUCAUAGGUAUGACGAGCAUCAUACCUUAUACGAGGUUCGUAUAUAGUUCAUUGUUUCCAAUGACUGUACACAUAUAAUAUAAUAUAGUACCUAAAUGUAUUUCUCGAGUAAUCAUAAACGAUUUGUCGAUUCCUAUACCUACCCGGUAUUUUAAGCAGUCAAAACAUACAUAUUUUAUAAAAUCACAUGAAAUCACUCAGCAUUUAAGAGGACACUAUACCUGCAUAUUAAAUCUUCGUCUUACAAAAAUGUACGAUAUAACAAAUUUGCGUUUACGCGGAACAGCUUUGUACUGUUCGUUUUAAUAUCGGAGUGAAUUGAUAUAUUUUAAAAUUUAAAGAUAAUAAUAUUAUCUAUGCAAUGUUGACAAUUUUUACAGUAUUUUAAUUUUUAUAUGAAAUAAAAUCUUAUCUUAAUAUUUUAUAAUAGGUCAAUUCACUCUUAUAUUAUGUACCUGUAACAGCACAAAAUUGUCCGUGAACGCAAAUUUGCCAUUUCGUACGUUUGUAAGACGAAAACAGCAUACAGCGUCCUCUUAAUGACAGUUUCUCUAAAUAAAAUCUGAUAUACUCGUAGGUAUCUAUAUAAUCAUUUUUUUUUUUUUUUUUUACAGAUUUUUCAGUAAAAAUUUAGUAUUUAAACAAUUUGAUAAAAUUUGAACUUAUUUGAAUUUAUUUUUUAAAAUAAAAUGAAACAACAAACGUUAGCUUAAUAAAUUUGAUUACGUCAUAAUACUCCUCGUCUAACUUCACAAAAUAAUAUUUUGAUCAGUGUUUAAAUACAUAUAUUUCACAUCUAUUACAUCUAUGAAAGGCUAAUAUUAUUUUAAUGUUCGUAAAUAGUACGUAAAUAGAUUUUUAUUUAAAAAUUACACUUUUAUUAUUUCAUCAUAUUUAGUCUCGAGUUUGUAUAUACGCAUAUAUAUAAAUGUAAUUCGAGGUUAUUUGAAAUAUUAAACGUACCAUUCUUAAUUAAUGUUACACAAAUAUUCACACAGUAUACACAGUCAAUCAUAUAUACAUUCAAAAUAUAAUGCCAAGAAUUUAACAAUGAUACCAGUGUAUUUAUAAAUUUAAACACGUAUAAGUACGUAAUAUAUACAAAAAGUAUAUAAUGUUUAAACAAUUAAUAUUUUUUGUGUAAACAUUUGUUAGGUAGUAGCCUAGCAAGUAUCAAAACAUUUAAAACCUAAUAAAAUUAUAUUUUUAAUAGUACCACGCUAUAUUACAGGAUUUGUUUUUUAAAUAAAAUUGAUAACUAUAUCGUAUAUGGUUAUACCAUAAAUAAGUAAUAAUGCACAUAGUUUAAAAUGAAAACAUUUCUACCUGUUCUGAUUUGUCUAUUCGUACCAUACCGACUAUUUUUAAAUAUCGAUGUAGGUAUGUAUAAUUUAUUAUAAAAAUCUAUUCUUUGGACAAAAAAAACUUACAUACUAAAACUAAAAAGUUGUCCUAGGAUAAUAAGUGCAGCCACUGUUGUAGGUGAGAAGUUGAGAAGAUGUGACGCAACGAUAAAACAUUGUUAACGAAAAAACGAUUCUGAGCGGUUGAUAGUGUUGCUUUAUCAACAAUAUAUAUGCCAUAUUAUGGUAAAAUAAUUAGAUAUUCAUUAUAUAUGUAUUUUCUUUAGUAAUAUUGAUUAAAUAUUGUACCUGUUAUUCUGUUUUUCUUCCGUUAUUCCUGGUUUUUUACAUUUAUUGGGAAAACUUCUGGGAAAAUCAAAAAAUGACCACUUUAAAGUACCUACAGAGUACGAUUUCCUUUCAGAAAAAGUGCUAUCAUUGUAAAUUGAAGCAAAAUUCUUGGUACAAAAGUUGUUCACAGAAAAAAAAAAAAAACAUCAAUGUAAAACCAAUACAUUCCUCGCUCCACUCAGAAUCUAAAAUACAUUUAGCCAUAUAAAUGUGUACAUUAAUAUGAUGGUGUCUUCCAAAAUUCAGCGACGCUUAAUCAAAGUAAUAAUGUACACUUAUAACUGAGCGUUAUAUUUGGAAUGAUGACAAACACCCGCAAUUUUAUGCCUUCCCGAAUAUUGUCCUCUUUUAGUCUCUUUACUCUAAAACCAAAAUUAAUCGAGUUCUACUCUGCAUAAUAAUUUUUGUGUUAUGUGGCCCGUUAGUUGUACUAAGACAUUAAAUACGGGUAUCACGUACUCUUAAUGUUUAUUUUACCGAUUCUUCUGAGUGAUAUUUCUUAUUUAUUCUUUUGUUUUGCCAAGAUGUAAAUUGUAGCCAACCAAGCCUACAAGAAUAAGGUAUCUUGUAACUAUCGUAUUUGAUAACACAGGAAAAAUAUUUCAAUCAUGUGAUUAUUUUUCAUGAUUGAACAACGCAAUCUAUGUUGGUAACCAAUAACCUUCUAACAAGUUCAACGUUUCAGUUUGAUAUUUAGUUGAAUUUUGAAAGUCAGAGCAAUAUACAUAUAGUUUGGUAAUUCUGAAUAUUUUUAAAUUUCAAACAUAAAAUAUUUAUAUUAUAACAACUAUUCUAUAUCUACAGCAAUAUUAUUUAAUUAUUCUUUCAAAACUCAGUAGGUCGGACGAUUCAACGUAUACAAAAUUCCUAAAGCCCGUGACUUUGUUAAAAAAUAUUAAUAACAAACUAUUUGUACACUCUAAACGAAAUAUUAUAACAUAAUUCGCAUACUUAUAUUUGUUAUACAUUUAAAAUGAAAAUAGCUGUUUGAAAGAUAAUAUUAUAAUAUAAGUAAUGAUUAUAUUCUCACGAAUAUAAAAAUAAUAUAAUGCGAAGAAGAAAACUUUAAUUAAAUGUUUUUAACUUUAACUUUCAUAAAAUUAUACUUGAUGCAAGAUUAAAAAGUCGAUUUCAAGAAAAUAUUUCAAUUAUCUUAUAAUACUGUAAAUUAUGUUUUAAUUUGACGUAAAAUUAAUAUAGUUACAAAACGAAAAACAGAACAAUCAUCGGGGUAUCAAUUACUGCGGAUCAAUUACACGAUGUUAUUUCAUACACCACAAGUUUAAUAGGAAAUAAAAAAUGUUCUAUAAUAGUAUAAUACUAUAGUACAUUUUAAUACUUUCUCUAAUUUAAAAAACGAUUAAAUAUUUUGAAAUCAAAAUAAAAAAAUAAUUGGAAAACGGACGUAUUAUUUUAAAUGACCGUGGGUUAGGUUAGGUUAAGAACCUUAAGAAUGCAUUUAAUAUCCAUUUGAAAUAUGAACCAUAAAAUCCAAAAAUGUAAUGCAUUUAUAAUGUUUUCUUAAAAUGGGGAGAAUUCAGAUCCUAAGUACCAAUAAGUACAACUUGUAAUGUACCCAGCGUUAAAUUUUAAAACACUUUGCUUAAGUCACAUAUAAUAAUUAUAUGAAAACACGAAAGUAUAAAAUACCUAUAAAUAACCUAAAAGAAAUUAGAAUGUUUUAAAAAUUUCAUCACGUAUACAAAAUCCAAUAUAAGUAUUUUGUGAAAACUACAGAUCUCUACAAUAAUUUUUAAUCGAAUAAUAACAAAAACUCAAAUACCGUACACUUUGCUGUAUUUCCUACGAUUUUUCUGGUUUUUCGUAAUUAAGUAUUAGGAAAACUAUACAGAAAAUCAAACAACGAUUUUUUAAACUAAACUAAAAUUGCUUUCAGAAUAUAUGCUAUUAUAGAAAUUUGGUCAAAGAAUUCUGGUAGAAAUAUAUAAUCUUUAACAUUUUUAAAAAUGAAAUCGUUACGCAGAAAUUUGAAAAAAUCGUAUAUUUUGGUUUUUUCCAAUUAUUCUAAAAGCUGCUUUGGAUAUCAAAAACCAACUUUUUUUGGUGGUGGCUGUCGAUGGUAGUCGAUGAUUUGGUAGUCGAUCUGGGAAGAGAUGAUGAUUUUACUCUUUAUUCGCGAUUUUUAUUUGUUACAUCCCCUCCCAUUGAAAAUUCUUGGGCACGUCACUGAAUAGUAUGAUCUAGUAAAAUACAGGUAUAUUAGCUAUUGUAAUCGGUGGAUAAAUAUUAGGUACCCACUCGUUUACACUGCGAAUAAUAAUCAUAAUAGGUACUGAUAAUAUGAAAAUACUUUCGCCGCCGUGGAGUAGAAUAAAAAGUCAUCCGACCCGCAUUUAGAAGAGGACAAAAAUUAAUUCUCGACAGCGGGCACUGUGCAUCGUAAAAAUAUUCAUUAUUAUCAUUAUUAUUAUUAUUAUUAUUAUAUAGUAAAUACGCGCGGACCGGGGCACACAACCUCUGCGAUAUUAUAUUAUUGUACGGUAUGUAGCGGCGUUUUCCUUUCACCGCCGUCGUCGUUCGUCGGAAAGGAAAAAUAAAAACAUCAAAACUCGCACCAACAUAUACGUACACACAUAAUGCCCCGUACGUACAAUGGUAAUAAUAAUAAUAAUAAUAUUGUGCAGUGCAUGCGUCCAGUUCUGGCACAAAUGCACAAUGCGUAGGUACUAUUAUUAUUGUUACGACACUCGCGGCCGUCUCUUUGCGCGUGUAACAGGUGUCGUUUUCUCUCUAUGCAGACGCGCGCGCAAGCCGCCGCUCGCGCGAGCCUCCUCCUCCUGCUCCCAUGGUUGUUAUCAUGCCAAGGAUACUGUAAUAAUCGAAACCAAUUUUUUUUUUCUUUUUCUUUCACAUUCACAUCGCGCGCGCGAAAUCGUAAUAGUUAUUAAGUGAAUGAUACUCGCGCGCGCCACUCACACUCGUAAUUUUUAUAUUUGUUUAAUUCGUUUACAAUCAAAGUUCAGCCAUAAACCCAUAAUAUAAUAUUGUACGUAUAACAAUACGGAACUGCUGCGGCUCCUAUAGGCCAAUUUCGCAACGUUAUAAAUUAUAUAUAUUUGUCCCCGUCGACACUGUAUACUGUAAUGUAUCAAUAAUAUUAUAUCAUUAUACUGAUAUUAUGUUCCUAGCGCCUUGCGGUCGCGUCGGUUGUGCUCGUUGCAGUGUGCGCCAAUUAUGCAGUGGUAUAAUAUUAUGUUCGUAUGAAACACGUAUAGAUAAUUCUAAAGGCAGAUGCAAAAUAUAUUAAUAAUACCAUAGGUAAUAAAUAUAUGAAUAAGUCCAUACCUUAUCCAUACCUCAUGAGUGUUUCAAGAGGAACGGGUAUAGUAAAUUCACUACGAGAUAAAGUGAGGCGUUUUAUCAAUAUAGUGAUAAAUGAAAAAACGGCUCAGUUUACUGCCCUUCCGGGAACAUUGUCUCACUUACAUUUGUUUUAGGAGUGGGCUAUCCAUUUCUUUAUUAUCUACGAAUAAAUUCCUCGGAUUUUUUUGAUACACGUGGUAUUCGAUUCCGUUCGGUUUUUUUUUAUUUUUUUUUAUUAAUAACAAUAAUCGAGCGCGUGACCGACCGACCAACACAGUUAUGCAAAAUUCGUGCAGAAAGUCAGAAAUAAACGUUAAUAAAAUUCGAAAUAGUUAACUCGUGUUAUUUAAAUGUAUUUUUCAAAUUAAUUAUAAUAAAAUAUAACAAAUUACAUUUCAACGAAUGCAUGUUUUAUAAAAUAGAUAUUUAUUUUUAUCAGUGCCUAUUUGAUUCUCAUUUAAUAAUUAGUAUUGCUCAGCGUUUAAGUCGAAUUUAAAAUUCAUAAAUUAUUAUUAUUUUUAUUUUUAUUUCUUAUUGACUAUAUUAAGAAAUAUAAUAUUCAAUACAUUACAAUAAUACAAUAUUCUAUAUUCAUAAUUUAACUAUUUGCAUCAUCGUGUUUUAAUUCAAACUAUUUUGUCAAAAUUCAUUUUUCUCUACAAGUCAGUUUUUGUGCAUUCAAAUAUAUUUGAAAGAUGUUCUAGAGAGUUAACUUAUUUGCCUACCUUAAAUAAACCUAGUUUUAAACCCAGAGAGUGACCAUAAGUAAUAAUGAAGUAGGUAUACUGUAUACCAGAGAAAGUUAACCGUAAGGACUAUUACAAUAAUUAUUAAUCUAAAACUACUAACCAGUUGUAAAAAUCAAGAGAGUUUAUAAUCGUCUCCUUUAAACGCCUUGGCUAUUUAAAACUCGAUUAUUACCAACCAUUAUAAAUACUCGCAUGCAUAAUAUUUCAAUAAAAAAAGACAAGUACUAAUUAUAAUUAUUCUAUAGGAGUACCAAUAUUGUAAAGUAUAAUUAAUUUUUCUUUCAUAGAAAAUCUAAAUAUUCUCAAAUUAUUUAACAAAAAAUACAUCUUUACAGUAUAUAUAAAAAAGAUUGAUAAAAAAAACUUUAUAUAUAUUAAGGUGUUUCAGAAUUUAUUUUUUUAUCAGAUAUUCUUCUUCUCGUGAUACUGUGUUCCUUAAAGCUUAAUAAAGUUUCCAAAUUUUUUUAGAAUUUAAAAAAAGUAAGUCUUUAAAUUCUAAUUUUCAAGUAAAGAAAAGAAGCGAUUUUUGACAUAUUUUAAGCUGUGUAUCUGAUUUUAGUCAUUCAAAUACUCAACAAAAAUUGGUGAUGGAAAUAAAACAAAAUAUAUUCUACGUAAUAAAAAAAAAAAAAUUCAAAGAAAAUGUAUAUAAAAAAAAUACAUAUAUUGAUGACAAUCGUAAUAAUGACAACAACGAGAGUGAACUUGAAUUAAGUGAUUAUUAUUCAUUAGAUAAUUCAUAUAUCCCGCAGAAAGAAUUAACAAGAGAAAAUAUUUAAAAAAAAACCCGUGAUAACUAAUGAUAUAUGCUUGGCGUUAGAUCGCACAAAGACAAGCUACAGAAACGUAACAUACAUUGUCGGUUCUUUUCUUGGAUCACAUAACACAGAGGAAUAUAUAAAUAAUGCUGUCUGGUCUGCUUCAUCUAUAUGGUGAAGAAGAUUAGAAGUACCUCAAAAAGUCUCUGAAGAAAUAAAAAAAUCAUUUGAAUAUGAUAACAAUGAAUAAAAUUUAACAAUACAUCGAGACAGUAAAAUUCUGCAAUCUUUGACUAACAAGAAAAAAGUUAAUCGACUGGCAAUUUUUACCAAUUUCUGGUGGAGGUAUUUUCAAGCUACUUGGAAUCUCAGGAAUCCCAUCAGGAACCGGGGAAUCUAGAGCUAAUGAUGUCUAUGAGUCUAUCAAGAAUUGGGGUUUAUUAAAUCAAUUAACUUCCAUGUGUUUCGAUACGAAAGCCAGUAACACGAGUAAAAUUCUUGGAGCUUGUAUGAAAUUACAAGAAAAAAUAGAUAAGAAGCAUUAUUCUUUUGCUUGUCGACACCAUAUGAUAGUUACUUCCUGGUUCAGUUUUUGAUUAUCUUUCUGGAGCAAGAAGUGGGCCAAAUAUCCCAUUGUUCCAAGAGUUCAGCGUGGCUUUGAAUAAUUUGGAUCAUGAAAUUUAUCAUAGCGCAAUGCAAGAUAAGACAAUUUCAUGUCAUCUAACAACGGAAAAAAAUUAAUUAAUUAAUUUUUUCGGGCUACUGUUAUCCAUUUUUCAUCCACAUACUUAUUAUAAAGAAUUACUAUUUUUGAUGCUGUUAUUUCUUGGAGAAACAACUGCUAAAAACUCAAUAGUAAUAUAUGCUCCAGGAACUUAUCACCGGGGUAGGUGGAUGGCAAAAAUAAUAUAUUGUUUAAAAAUAUAUAUUUUCAAAAAUCAGCUCCAACUAAAGACAAAAAAAAUUAAUGGUCUUUGCCAAUUCAAUAUUUUUAUAGCUCGAGUUUAUUUAAAAAAUUGGUACACUUGUCAGAAUCCAAUUCUCGCAACAUUAAAUGACUUAAAGUUGUUGAAAAAUCUCGUGCAAUACAACAAUGUCAACAAGAAAAUAGCUGAACUUGAGUUUAAGAAAUUUUCUGGUCAACUAUAGUAUUUGAGUGAGUUGCUUUCAAGAUUAUUAUUGUUCAAUUCUCGUAUACUAAUAGAAGAAAGGAGAGAAAUUGUCGCAGCUAUAAACCGAAAAGGUAAAAUUGAUCAAGUUCAUCGAAUUAAAGUAGACAAAAAUACUAUUUUGAACAAGCAGUUAUUGAUUUUGUUAGCGAGAAUAGUCUUUCAAUUUUUACAACAAAUAAUAUUUCUGUGAAAUUCACGAAAAAAGAUCUAAGUAGUUGGAAGAACGAUUCAGAAUUAUUUGAAGCUAAGAGGACAGUCCAAAGUUGGAAUGUAGAAUGUAGUCAAUGAUUUGAUAGAAUGAGCUAUUGUAUUGGCGUAAGAUUUCAAUCCAGUUCUCACAAAACAAGAAAAUCGAAAAUAAUAUUUACUACAAGUUGUAGAAAUGCAUUAAAUAAAAAUACCAAAUGCGAAAAAUAAUUUUAAAUUAAAUUUAAAAAGUUAUAAUUAUUUCAAAAUAAAUAUAUAAAAUUGUAAGAUUAUCUAUGCGUCACAAUAUUUUUUCUGAUCUGUGUUAAAAAUAAAAAUUUAAUUUUUUAAUAUCGUACUUUUAUUUUUCUUCAUACUAUUUAUUCCAUAAUAACAAUUGUUAAUUACCUAUUAUUUGAUAGUGAUUAAAGUUAUUAUUUAUUUCAUAUUCAUAAUUAUUAUUUUAUUUGUUAUAUAUUUAAUUAUUUCUUUUCACUUUGUAAACUUAGGUACAUAUAUAUACCAUAUUCUUUACUGUAAGAGAACUAGUUUACUUAUAAAAUAAAUAGGUAAUUAUAAAAAUAAUUUUUAUUUCAUGUGAUUUCAAAUGUAACCAUUCUCUUUGUAACUAAAUAGAGAAUUAGUAAAAAAUAGGUUCAACCCCUAAAAAAUAUAUUUAAGGGUGGUUAGGAUGGUUGGUUUAUAAAAAUUAUUAAAAAAUGUAUAUUUGAAGACCUGAAUGAGUGGUAAAAUUUAGAUUACUUAAUCUGAAAAAAAUAUGAGUAUUUGUAUUUUUUAUCUGAUGAUUUUUAAUCAAAAGAUCUUGCCUAUAAAAUUAUUAUUUAUAUAUUAAAAAAAUAAAAACAAAAACUCAACUUUUUCCAUAAAAACGAUACUUGCGACCUUUAAAAAUCUUAAAAAAUGUGGGAACUUAAUUAAGCUCUAAGGAACACAAUAUCACGAGAAGAAUAAAAUGAUGAAAAAAAAAUUCUGAAACACCCUAAUAUAUAUAAUAUACGUAUACUAUAUAUUUUCUAGAGAAUAGACUCGUACUCUUGUUUAUAAUCCAAACAUUUCAAGAAUAGUAAAUCUUGGUUGUAUUCAUAGUAUUUUUCUAUAAUUUACUUGAUAGUAUGUAUUUGAACUAACGUUGAUUCUCCUUUUUUGAAACCCAAGGAGGUAUUAUCCAACUAUUUUUUUUUCCAUAUGACUUCUGUUUAUUAAAAAGGAUAUUUGAUAGCACUUUAUAUGAUGUUUCUUAAAACGAGAUGUCCCUAAAUUGUUACAGUUUAUAAUAUUACCUCUUUUUUUGUAAAUAGGGCACAAAAAUUAACAUAUUCAAAUGGUUGGCUUCUUUUUCUUCCCUCCAAACUUUUUAACAAUUUGUAAUAGUUGUUUAAUCGCUACUUCCGCCUGUUUUGAGUAAUGCUGAUAUUAUAUUAAUAUUUAAUAUAAUUAAUAUAAUUAAUAUUUAAUAUAAUUAAUAUAAUUAAUAUUAAUUAUAUUAAUUAAACGUAUUUUAAUAGAUAAUACGUACAAACAUUCCCCUAAAAUUAUUUAAAUUUUUUUACGAACAAUCUACUGUCGUAUUCGAAUAUUUUUGGCAUGAACAAUUUACGCGAUACCAUAAUAAACUAUUUUAGUUAAGGAUCACUCGAGGUAUUGGCUAAGUUUUAUAUUAAAUUCCUUACAAUUUGAGUUAUCGCAUAUUUUUCCAGUAUUUUUAGUUGCAUUAAUGUUAUUAUAUGAUAUAAAGGUAUAUGUAUAUUAUUAUAAGGUAACCCGUGACUGAUCGAUUAUAUUAAUUUGUUCUUAUUAUUAUAUUUCUUUGUUGCAGAUCGUUAAUUACUACAAAUUCAAAGAAAACCAUCCUGACUACUACAAAAUAAACCCGUUGGAAUUAUCCAUAGUAGCCGAUUCAGAAGUAGUGAGCGUUCUUCCAUAUAGAGAACAGACGGGCCGACGAAUUUUAAUUUAUAAAUUAGGUGUGUACAACGAAUUAUUUAUAUUCAUUUUUUUCAUUCAUAAUUUGACCCAAUUAUUUUAAAUUUAUAUGAUACGGUCGUAUGGAUAUUGCGAAUUCGAACGACUCGUAUUUCACGUUCGUUGUGUGUGUAGUAUAGUUUUAUUAUACGAGAAAAAAAUCAUUAACUUUAAUAUUAUAUAUAUAUAUUCAAUAGUACUAUUGAUUUAUGUGAUAAAUAAUAAACAUUAAACACCAACAUUUGAGACUGUUUAAAUACGUAGUGACCCCUUUACGAAGUUUAAUGGCUGUAUAACCAACAUGUAUUUGAACAGUCAAUACGUUUAAUGUACAAUAAAGUGUAUUAUAAUUAAAAAAGUAUCUUUAAAUAUUAUCGGGUAUCUGCAGCAUUAGGUAUGUGCCCGAUAUUAGGCAUUCGUAUUAUACUUUAUUAAUUAUAAUUAGAGACCGGAUAUGUAUUCUUUUAGAAUCCACAAAAAGGCGCUUAAAACCACUAAAAAAGCUCUGAAAAAAAAACACUUUAAAACAUUUAAAAAGGUAAAAAUGAUAGAUGGGUUUUAAAGUCCCCCUAUAAUGAUUCGUAUUAAAUUUAAUUUCCUAACACUACAAAAACGGAUAGCAUAAAAUGAUUUCUUUUAAAUAAAAUCUUAAAUAUUAUAAAAAAAAAUUACUUUUUAUUAAAGAUGUUAUGGUGUUAGAAAAUUAUAUUUAUAAAUUGAAUUUAUUAGAGGGGAGACUAUUAAACCCCUUUAUUAUUUUGUGCGUUUUUAUAUAUUUGUUAAGUGAUUUUUUUUUUCAAGGCUUUUUGACGUUUUCAAGUGCUUUUUUGUGGAUUUUAAGAACACACAAAUCCGAUCUCUAAUUAUAAUAAUAAAAAUCAAGUAGAUCAUGUAAAAAUAUUAAAACAAUUAUAAUUUUGUCAUUAACCAUUCUGACAAAACCAUUGCGACAAUAUGAUAUAAUACAAAAUGUAGAUUACACCAAAAAAAUUUCUUUUUAAUUGGGUAUUCAAAUUAUUAGCUUAACUACUUUGAAAUAUAAUUAAAAGGACGUGAUACUCGCAUGUGCUUUCUCUAUCUUACAAAAGUACGACAUAAUAAGGACAAUUUUGUGCUGGUAUUUUUAAUAUUAGAAUGAAUAAUUAACCUAUUGCAGGCUAUUAGCAAACUGAAAAAAACAUUAAUCUGGACAAUAUAGAUUUGUUCAAUAUUUAAAUUGUUUACUAUAAUAUUUAAACUAAAUGUAGCACAAAGUAUUUCCCUGCUGAACACAAAUUUGCUCUUAAUGACUUGAAAAUGUGUUGGAAAAUGUACAUUUUGUAUAAUAUACGAAAAUUAUUUGUUUCAAAUAACGUCUCUUCUUAAUUCACUAUGUCAACACGGCACAUUAAUCCUAUAUUCAUGUCUUAUGUAUAAUUAUUUUAAAUUUAACAUCAUGUCGAUGUGUACGAGUACCAUACUUAUAAUUGUACAAUUCGUACCUAUUUUAAUAUUGCAAGGAACACCUGUGACUAUUUCAUGGGGCCACCACGACAAUAGAAAUAUUUUUAAAUUGUAAUAUAGUAUGGACAGGUAGAUAAGUAGGUAGUUGAAAGACCUUGUUUUAAAUUAAUUUCCAAGUACAAAAAAAAUUGUUGAAAAAAAUUGAAUUUCCAUUCAAUGAACCGUGUUCAAAAAAAAUCUGCACAUAAGUAGAUAUGUGAGAAAUAGUAUUUUUUUUUUUCAUAUUUCAGAAAUUCUGUUUUGUUUUUAUAAAAAUGUACAAUUCAGCAAAUAUUACGUACACGAUUGUUGUGGCAUUAAAAAAAUAUAUUCAUUCAAUAAAGUGUUACUAUAUGCUUGGAUGUCGUAAAUGAUUUGAAUAGAUAAUAGUCAGAUUUGUAUUAUUUUGUACAAAUUUUCCACGUUUAUUAUUAUACUCGAACUUUAUUUUUUUAUUACUAAAAACUUAGUUUUAUUUAGUGUAAGGUACGAGGUUCCUAUAUAAAUUAUAGAAUUUUUUAAGGAUAUUCAAUGUUCCUGGGUUUUUUUACAAAUUAUUAAUUUUUACAAUUAAAAAGUCUCAACAAUUUUUAAAAAAAUUUAGAUUUUUUUAAAUUUUUGAAUUAUUGGCUUGCACACAACUUGUUUUAAUGGUUUACAGAGUAAACUAUCCUACCUCGUAGAGACGCCCGCUUUUGAUAUUUAUUUUUAUUUUUUUGUCGGAAAUAGGACAACUUCCUACACAGCGAAUAGGCCGUCGAUUUUUAAUUGUGUAACCGAAAAUCACAAAAAACUUUUUCUGAUAGAAAAGUCAUUUACGAACAGAUUUUUUUUUUUAAACCACGUAUAAUAUUUAAUUAUACAGAAAUAUUGAACCAUUAGCAUUCAUCAUACAAAAAAUCAAGACUGGGUAUUAAUGAACUACAAAGUUAAUUUAAUUUUAAUUUUUUAACUUAACUAGUUACUUUUGGGUAUCCGUUAACGUAAUUACUAACUUAAAUUAAUUCUUUUUUAUCUAACAUAAAAUCAAAAAAAUAAAUUUUAAUUUUAAGAAGUUAAUUUUUAGAUUUGGGAACGGAUGCGGGGAAUGUAUUGGUUUCAAGGUUUGUUUUUUUCGAAAAAUGAUUCGGUUAUGUUAUAAUAGAAUACAGAUAAUAGAUCUGUUUGCUGUAUACAAGAUUUGGAUUGAUAAAACAACUAAUAUAGUUAUACAUUUUAAGUAUUAAUGUAUAUAUUAUUAUUUAUUAUUAAUUAGAUAUAUGUAACCAUUGUUGUUUUAUUUAACGAAAACCUUCACCACUAUGUUAAAAGUAAUGUAUAGAAAUAUACUGUUACAUUGAUUAUAUAGUUUUAACUUAUAAGUUGGUAAAUAAUAGAGAAGACUUGUGUUGUAAAAAAAUUGUGUUUAAAAUUACUAAAAUUAAAUUUACUUUACUUUUUAUUUUUAACUUUUACUUAUUGGCGCAUAUUAACUUAAAUGAGUUAAACAAAAAAUCAUUCACUUGCCCAGCCUUGCAAACAAUCAAUGGCUUCCCUCAAAGAUAAAGUUCCAGAUACGUGCCUAAAUAUUAGAUUGAAGAUAAUGAAACUCGAUUAACUUUAUGAUUUUUCAUUUGUGUAGGUUUAAAAAACAUAAAUACAUUAAUCCCAAAAUGAUAAUGUUAAGAUCUAUUUAUCUACUUAGUUAUAUUCAUCUACAUUUCAUUAUUUCUAAUUCGUAUACAGCCAGUAUUUCUCGUUGUAUCGAGUACCUAUGGUUAUAUCAUAUAAAAAGCAAUAAUAAUAUCUAUAUAAUAUAUAUUAUUAUCUGCUGAACAUAAUUCACGAAUCGAAUCAAAUUUCACACAUGACGUACGUUCCUGGUUUUCGUAUGAUUACAAAAUCUAUCAGAGCGUAAAAAUUGCACGCUCACACGAUGAGAAAUUCUGUUGACGGCGUGGUCCACCUUUACACAAUGUUAAACAAAAAUUGAUCGUUCAAUUUUUUACUCAUGGUGUUAAUUAUUACCGGGCUAAUGCUGUAUAAUAUACAAGUGUAUAUAACGUAUAGUUAUGAAAUUAUAACCCCGGUAAUGAUUAACCACACAACUAUAAUAAUUUAUGCAUUAACAAAGAUUUAAGUUAAUGUAAGAUAAAUGUAACUCAACAAAUAUUAUUAAAUUAUUAAAACAUUCAUGGAACAUGUAGCCAUCAUAGUAAUUUUGUAUGAAUAAUACAAAGAUUGGGCUCAAAAAACAAAUCAUUAUAGAAUCAUUUUUUACAAUGAGAUCCCAACAUUUUUUAUGGCUAUAUAGCAUCACACACGAAAGAAAGCAUUUAAGACGUUUAAAAUAGAAACAUCAUUUUUCAAAAUGUUAAUAAGAUCGAUGUCCUUAGUAAAAUUACGAACAACUAAAUAAAUUUAAUUCAAAUUUUUAAUUUCGAGCUUUGUUCAGCCAUAAUCAUGUUUUAAGUGAGCACUAUGCAGUGACUUAUAUCGUCAAUUUCAUUUUUUUAAGAAAAAUAAACCUUCCAGUAACUGUUCACUAUCCAGAUUUUCCAAUACCAAUCUUUGUUUAUUUUGUUUUCUGUAUUACUAUUAUGUGACUACGCUUAACUAAUUACCAAAGGCAAUUAUUAAAACAUUUAAUUAUUACUAUAUAAUAUGCACCUGUAUCACAAUUCACAAAUAAUUAUAAAACAACGUUCGUAAUUAGGCUUAUUGUAAACAUAUCCAAAAUAGUAAUUACUAAUACAAACAAUAUUUAUUAAUUUUAUAUAAAUUCAAAGCUAUAUAUUUAUUUUGUUAUUAGUAAUUGUAUUAUAAACGUGUAUACUAAAUACGAGUACUUAUAUACCUAUUAAAAAAUGUUUGUCUUUACAAAUUCAAUGAAUUAGUUUGAUUACAGUUAUAAUAUAGUUAGCCAGGACCAAUUUAGUCUAUAGCCAUACGAAACCUAAUAAUAUUUAUAAAUGUAUAGUACAUUCGAAUUUAAGUCACAAUAAUCAUGUGACUAUAAUAAUAUAACUAUUAUAACUAUAAUAUAUACAUUUAGUACAUAUAUUACGUCUACACGUAAUGUGAAUUAACAAUGUUAGAAACUAAAUAACUUCAUGUCGGCAGGCAAAUGGAAUACCAGUGAUUUUGAAAUGAACGAAAUCCUCAAGGCGACACUAGCUACGUUGGAGUUGGGCAUUCUGGAACCGAGGGCUCAGAUACUCGGUGGAGUUGUCAUAUUUGACAUGAACGGAUUCACACUUCAGCACGCUUAUCAAAUCACCCCAAAAGUAGUUUCUACGAUUUUCGACCUCAUAGUUGUAUGUUGAGUUUUUUUUUGGUUAUUAAUUUCUCUCCUCUAUCAAACUGUAUAAAUACAAUCCACAUAAAAUUAGCAUAGUAUGUAUUUUAUUUAUGUAUUUUCUCCGUCCUUAGUAUAGCAUACCGAUGAAAACAUACGCGAUACACAUAAUUAACGAAUCGUGGGUGUUUGAGACGGUGUUCAAUCUUUUCAAGCCGUUUUUGGGCAAGCGUUAUAAUGAAAUGGUACGUAUAUAGUGUUUAUUUUUUUUUUUUUAGAUGCAAAGCGUAGCGAGGAGUGUAUUGAUUUUACAAUGAUGUUUUUAUUAUUAUUUUUUAUUUUUUUUUUUUUUUUUUUUUUUUUACCUAUAAACAACUUUUCUGUCAGAAAUCUUGCUCCGAUUUUCAAGUUUAGUACCUUUUCUGAAGAAAAAUUUUAUCUGAAUGGCAUUUUAGAGAAGUCAUUUUCGAAGCGGUUUUUAUAGUAAUUGUAAAAAAUCGAAAAUAUCGUAGAAAAAACAGAAAAAUUUAUAUACAUGUAUGAAAGAAACUUUGCUCCGAAUCGUUUUUCGUUAGCAAUGGUAUUUAUUGUUGCGUACAGGUAUAAAUUAAAUUCCCUCUCCAUAUCCUCCCUUUCCAGGUUCUCAACAACAUUAGUGGCCCAUCCAUCGUGUGAAGUAUGUCCGUCUCUCUUUUUUUUUUAUUAUCUCAGACCGUCGAUAUAACGGUGAAAAUAUGUGACCGAUAGGGACUUUUGUUAUAUCAUCUCUUCCCCUUUCCAAGUACUAUUUAUAGUUAAACCUACAUAGCUAAGUUUAAAGAACCUAUUCAAGAAGAAAGUGGCCAACUCGCUAAUCCUGUCUUAUUGGCUAUUUGAUAUGGACCGUCCUUUAGAGGUCCAUCAGUGUUGCACUACGAAAAAUAUUCCUAAUUUAUCGUAUCCAACCGUAUUAAAACUCAACAGUUCUCGUAAUAUGCAUUGUGUUUAAUUUUAAAUUUCAUUAUGAAGUGAAUAUUCAUGUAAAGUUGAUGCGCUUUAUGAGCAUUCACUAAUCGCUACUUCAUAUUAGGGAUGGGAACAGGGGCGUAUCUGAAGCUUGUUUAAGGAGGGAAGAUUGGAAUAUUUAUUAUGUAUACCUGUAUACAUAUAUCAAAGAUAUCAAAUAAAUCUGUAAAAAAAAAGAGCUGAUACUGGGGAUGGGAGCGGCCACAGUUGUAGGUGAAAAGUUGGAAAGGUAGAAUACAUAAGGUUAUUUAAUUUAUAUCUGUGAGCAACAUUAAACCAUUGCUUUUUUGCGAUUUUCGUUUAAAUUUGAUUUCAAAACGCUUAUUAAAAAAAAAAGUCUUUUAAUCAUUUUGGUAAACUUUUGGUAAAAAGGCAACAAAAAAGGUAUCUUGUGAUUUUUCAAUUAAAUCAUUUUUUCUGAUAGAAAACGUUGUCCGUAUUUUUAUAAAAUAAUGAAAUCGUGAAAUUGUACGUUUUCCAACAUUUAUUUUCCACUUAAGUGCUUCUAUUUAAAAAAUGAAAACGUGUUUAUAGACUAGAAAAAAAGUAAGAAAAAAAAAUAAACAUCUUAAUAUAACCAAUAGUUCCUUCGUUACGCUCGGAAUCUAGCACGUUAUAGUGUUAUGCUCAGAAUCUUAUGUUUAAGUGUAACAUUGUAUACCAAUAGAUAAUAAUGGUCUUAAAUCAUUAUAACUCAAUAAAUUAUUAAAGAUAAUUUAUAAUAAUAAUGUUUUAAAAAACAUGCAUUUUAAAUGUAUCAUAUAUUCUGUGUAUUAUAAUUGCAUUUAUUUGGAAAUUACUAUAAGGUAAUAUAUUAUUAUUUAGGUACAUUAUUUAAUAAUUCAAUAGUCUUUUAUAGUUAGAAUAUAGUAUAAGAAGGAUAAGAAACCAAGAAGUAAUUACGAUACGUAUCAUUUGAGGUCUAGGAGGAUCAUAAUUGUUCUUUAAAAAAGUGUACAGUACAAAAUAUAAGAAUACGUGGCACCAACUACCAAACCAUAAUGGUUUUGACUUGAAAAAUUAAAAUAAUAAUACGUACAUACUUAAUAUUAUAUUUAUACAUAUGAUUUAUAUUUUACUAUAAUUACAGUUAUUUUUUCACGGCAAAAAUAUGGAUUCUUUACACAAACACAUCGAUCCUAAAUAUCUGCCAAAAGUGUACGGUGGGGUGCGUCCAAAUUAUCCGUAUCAAGAUUGGUUUAUCAAUCUGCAGAAGAAUACAGCAGUUAUAGAUGGUAAAACAAAUGGUUACUCAAAUAAUAAAUAAUAACGAUUAAUCGAUUGAUCUCGACUAGACCAGCAUAAAUAAAAAUGUAUAAUAGCAAUAUUAUUAGUUACUAACUUAUAGCUGUUUAGUUGUUUGUACAUUAUGCAGAACGUAGGUAUAUCUAUUAUAUUUAUAUAAUAUACAACCUAUACUCAUUAAAGAUUAGUAUUAUUACAAGACAAGUAUCUAUACAAAUUAUUUGCAAAUAGAUCACAACAUUAAAACAAUGUGUGCAAUAUGUACACCAUGUAAACUGUAAGUGCAACCUUCCCCGACGAAAUGUAGGUGUAUACUAAUUUAUUUAUUUUACAAUUUAUAUCCAUAACGGCGUUACGAAAGGGGAGAACACGAAACUAGUUAGUUAAUACAACAAUACAAACAAAACAAUAUUAUGUUUUAUACAUAAAUAUAUAACUAUGACUAAAUUAGAAAUAUAAAGUAUAUUGAAUAAUACAGAGGGAAUAUAGAAGAUUGGAGUCAAGAAGUAAAUGUUCUGAGCAUGCGGUCGUAACAUCCCCCUGGCUCUCUUCCACUCUUUACAGGUAUAGAUUAAAUACAUUCAUUUAUCCCACCUUCCCACCAACGUCCAACAACAGUUGCCACACUUAUUCUCAGUUUCAGGUUUUUUUUUAAAAAAAUUGUAUAAUUUAUUAAAAAAAUGCAUAUACCUAUAGCACAACAGUUUACAUUCAUAUUAAUACAAUUUUUAAAAAAAAUUCAAAGUUUUACGUUUACAAUUUUUGCAAAACACUUAUUUUAAGUCCUCGGAACAUCGUUUGCAAAAUUUAAAAUAAUUAUACCUGGACGAAACGUCAACGUAAAUAUUAAUCAAAUUUAUUUUUUUGGUUUUUCCCGAUUAUUAUAAAAACUACUUCGAAUAUCACAAAAUUAUUUACGUUAAAAGGAACAAAAUCAGUCGUUUGUCAUUUUAUGAUCGGGGCAAGAUUGCUGGUAGAAAAAUGAAGAGAAAAAAAUAAACAUCUUAGUAUAACUAAUAGAUCUCCCGCUAUAAUCCGGACAAAUUUAAUAAAAAUAGUGGCUCAGGGGGGGGGGUGAUUACACUUCGCCCCCCCCCAGAAAUACGCCCUUGGAUGACGAAUGGAAGCUAGUUAUGGUGGGACUCUAAAAUAGAUUCUUUCAUGAAGAUCUUAAGCAUCUAGGAACCCAAUUAAAAGUGAGGCAUUGAAUCUUUGGUCAGAUUCGAGGCAACGUGAACAUAUAUAUUGGACAUCGAGAACUUCAUAGAUAUGAGAGUAGUCAUGGUGUAUGAUUGGAAUAUUAAGUAUGAAUGCAACAUAAGCUAAAAAUUUAUUCUGUACUCGUUCAAUGCGAAGUUAAUCUUUCGCAAAGAAAGGGAACAUAAUAAACUAAUAAGCAUUAAUUUUGUUAUCACAUAGCUCAGUGUAAUUAGGUGUUAAUAAAUAAUAUAAUAUUGUACUAAAAAAUCAAAAAUUUAAACAAAUUAAGAUAAUCCUAAUAUGAACUAAAAAUGUUUUCAAGAUAUUCAGUUAUACCUAUGAUCGAAAUGUCUAUUGUACCUAAUAAACAAAGUGUAAAAUGGAAGGUAUAAAAUGUUGAGUAGCUAUCAUGCUUUAAUAAUUAUAAUAAAAUAAUUUUUAAACGUAUUUCUUUUCAAUCGUCUUUAUAAAGGGUUCGAAUAUCCGAAAACGGAACAUGAAUUCAUGGAUUAGAUGAGUGAGACCUAAUUAUUUUGUUUUGCUUCAAGUAUAAAAAAUGUAAAUGUAUAUUAUAAAUAGGUAUACCUACUAAAAAUCAAUUAUUUAAAAAUAUACUUAUCUAUACAAUUCAAAACAUUCCGGUUUAAACGAUAUAGAAUACCUACUAACAAUUUUUUUUUUUCAGAAAUGUUAAGUUUGGGCUAUUACAACGAAUAAAGGUGAAUAAUUACUAAAUUACCAUACCAACAUACACUAUAAUAUAGUAACAUUUUAUAAUAUUUAAUUUUUAAGUUUUUGGUUCAUGCUUUAACAUAUUAUUAUUUUGUAUUAUUC